AUGAUCACCCCCCUGUGCCGCUUGCGCUGCCCCCAGUGGCGGCUCCAAGCCCGCAACAACCUCAGCCUCUACGCGCGCACCUUCUCAGACGUCCGGCGGCCGUCGUCGGCGCCCAAGCCCAUCAUCGACAUCAAGCACAUCCGGCAGAACCAGGCGCUGUACGAGCAGACGUGCCUGGAGCGCAACUACCGGCGGCAGGCGGCGCACCCGGCGAGGAUCGUGCAGCUGCACGCCGAGUGGCAGCAGCUGCAAAAGGACGCGCGCGCGCUUCGGGAGCGGUCGAACCUGCUGCGCAAGGAGCUGGCGAACUCGGCGACGAGCAGCGACGACGAGGACCUCAAGGACGUCAAGAAGAUGAGCCGCGAGAGGGUGCAGGAGGAGGCGCGGGCGCUCAAGAGCGAGCUGGCGGUGAUUGAGAAGAAGGAGGCCGACGCCGUGGCGCAGAUGGAGGAGCUGGCGCUUGAGCUGCCCAACCUGACGAGCGCCGACACGCCGCGGGGGGACGAGCCCGAGGUGCUGAGCUACAUCAACGAGCCCCCGCGGUUCGACGAGCAGGGGUCCGAUGCGCUCUGGAGGUCGCACGUGCACAUCGGCGCGGAGCUGGGCAUCCUCGACUUUGCCGGCGCGGCGACGGCGUCCGGCUGGGGCUGGUACUACCUCGUGGGCGAGGCGGCGCAGCUCGAGCAGGCCCUGAUCCAGUACGCGCUCGCCGUCCCGCGCGACCAGAACGGCGAGCAGCAGGUCUACGCCAUCGCCCGGUCGCAGGCCGACGCCGACCGCGGCGUGCCGGAGCUGUGCCUGGCGGGGACGUCCGAGAUCCCGCUCGCGGGCAUGAAGGCCAUGGCGACGCUCGACGCCGUCGACCUGCCCAUGAAGCGCGUCGCCGUGUCGCGGUGCUACCGCGCCGAGGCGGGCGCGCGCGGGGCCGAGACAAAGGGGCUGUACCGCGUGCACGAGUUCUCCAAGGUGGAGAUGUUUGCCUGGACACAGCCGGACGAGCUCGAGGCGCGCGACGUCUUUGACGAGAUGCUCGACAUGCAGACCGAGAUCCUCUCGUCGCUCGGCCUCUACUGCCGCGUGCUGUCCAUGCCGUCGACGGACCUUGGCGCGUCCGCCACCCGCAAGAUCGACAUGGAGGCCUGGUUCCCCAGCAGGGAGCACCACAGCGGCGGCUGGGGCGAGGUCACGUCCGCGAGCCUCUGCACCGACUACCAGACGCGGCGCCUCGCGACGCGCCUCAAGACGAGCGGCGGCAAGCUCGGUUUUCCCUGGACGGCCAACGGGACGGCGCUGGCGGUGCCGCGGGUGCUGGCCGCGCUGCUGGAGAACGGGUGGGACGAGGAGGAGGGCACGGUGGCGAUCCCCGAGUGUCUGCGGCCGUGGAUGGGCGGCAGGGAGAGGAUCGGGCCGUCGGCGAGGAGGAGGAAGGAUGGGAAUGCGGGGGAGAUGAUGGCUUGA